GUUUGUAGAGAAAUUUCCUUUGAAUCAUGUACAACAUUAUCAUCAAAAGAAAUUUUACACACAACUAAAUUGGAUGUUGUCCUAACUAAUAAAGGACUUCAAAUAUACGGAACAUGGAGCACAGAAAAAUUACUAAAGUUAUUAACAAACAGACUUAAACAAUGCAUUCAUGUGCAAUCAAAUACACUGAAAAUGAUUUCUAAUGGAAUAAGUGAUAAAAGAUUAUGGAUCACUGUCUAUAGUGGCUUAUAUAGUAUUAGCGUUUUAAAGGAAUUAAGAAUGAAAGGUAUGCCCAUAUACAGCAUCAUAAAAGCGAUGAAACUGGGCCUCAUCAGUCUUAGCUAUUGUGAACUUCUUUAUUUUAGAGAAUUUCAUAUAGAACCACAUAAUUUGGAGUUCAAAGAAAUGUGGUUCAAUACAUUUAACGACAGGCUGAUUUUAAAUUUAAGAUCUACAGGUUUAAGUGAAAUAAAUUGUUGGAAUAUUAUCAUAUACGGAGUAGUACUUCAAACUCCAAUUAUUCUUCGCCAUUUAAUUUUAAGUGGCAUUGAUGUUCCUGGUAUUUUAAAUUGGCAAUCCCCCUUUAAUUUUGCGUCAUCUAAAGUAAUUAAAUUUUUGAAACACAUUGGAAUAGAAGAAGAUGUCAUACAAUUAGUAGAGCAACAUGGAAUCGACGAAGAAACUGAAGAAAUGUUAACUGAUUUAGGACUUGACGAAAUGGAAACAAAAUUUUCAAUUACGGAGGAAUUAAUAUGUGAAUGCAAUUUAACUAUAUUGGAACCAACCUGUAGUUGUCUGGAAAUAACACAAGAGAGUUGCAGGACAAAUAGCUCCAAAAGCAGUUUCAGUUUUCCUAGUCGACCAGAUUGUUACCAACAAUAUGCUUGUCGAUGUCACAUCUUAGCAAAAAAUGAAACAGUACAUGAAUUAACAGCACAGCAAAAUGAUUACUUAAGACAAAAUAUCAUGGUACCAUUAUCAUGGGCGGUGGCUAAAACUUUAGAAUACAAUCCAUCAGAUCCAGUACAUUUCAUAGGAUAUAAAUUAUUGCAAUGGACUUGCAACAACAUUUCUCAAACGGAGAAAGACAAGCAUCAACAAUUAAUUGCAUUAUCUACUAUAAAAAUGGAUCAUAAACUUAUUGAUAAAAAACAUUUAGAAAAAGAGGGAUUAAUUAAAACUCUGAAUCAAAAGGCUAUAAUAAGAAAUAUCCCUUGUAAUAUUUGUAAAAAUCAUCAAGAGUUAUAUCGUAUUGAAAAACAAUGUUGGAAAUGCGUAUUGAGACCAAUUAGAAAAUUGGAAAGUUGUGAAUUUCCUGAUAUAUGCAGUUCAUGUAAAAUCAAUGUAUCAGACGAAGAUGGCAAUGCGUGAUUAUUAUCUUAUUUGGAGCAUCUUAACAACUAAUAAAAAUGUCUAUAAAAGAUAGAUAUUUAAAAGGCUCUUUAGAAAAAGAUUCUUUAAAAAACUCGUUUAUUUUGUAAUUUGCCUUGUACAUUUGUUCCAAGAUUAUUGAAAUGGUGCAGUGUAAUUCCAUGAAAGUGUUACAUGGAACAGAAUGGAAUGAAUAAGUAUUAAAUUCAUUUCGUCGCAAUACAAAAAAGACUCCAAAUACAUUGUGGCAGUGAAUCUAAUUACAGUCCGUCUUAAACAUAUGACAUUAUGUUACAUUUGUAUGGAUUUUUAUAUUACGUUAUUAGCAGUUCUAAAAUAAAAUUAUAUAUAAAAUUUCGAUUAUAUUCACUAAUGAUAUUAAUGACGUGGAUAGCCUUAAUUAUAAUACGUAUACAUGAGUUUUUAUAACAUAUAGCGUCCAAAAGAAUCGCAUGUUUAAUUUUAUUACAAGAUCCUCUUUUGUGAUUAUCCUAUAUGAUACAGUAAUUAACAAUAUAUAUCUUUUUUUUCUUGCUGAAAUUUUCUUUGUCGAGUGUAACUGUUAAACAAUUAUUAGUUUAAAAUGUAUGAUAAACAAUGCUGGUUUUUUGAAAAAGCAUUGUCCUUGUUCGUCGUUAGAUAAAAUAGGUUUCAUGCUUGCGAACAUAAAAACGAAUGAGUUUAUGAAACAUUCUCUAUAUGUUUAUCAUAAUAACAGUCAUUUAAAGCAUAAAAUCCGCGUUCCUUCUCUGUAUAAUCGCAUUUAGAAUGUCCCUGUACAUAGAAUAUAAGAAUGAUUUCUGCAGAUUUAAUGAUUCAGGUACUACUGUAAUGAAUCAAUGAUAUAGACUAUUUGUGUUGUAAAUACAUUAAAAUGAGUAAUAAAAGUAAAGGCAGUGUUUGUUAAAUUCCA